AUGGUCUUUCCUGCAGCGGGUGCGGACCUUAGAGGGCUGGACGGGUGCGCCCAUCUUCUCCAGAUUUACACGGUUGUCACUGUUGGUUGCUUUUAAAAGUUACAUUAAUAACGCCUGCCUAUACACGCAAGUAUGUAUUCAGUGGGAGGGAUCUCUGCAACAAUAUACACCAACAGGCUCCGGGCAGAAGGCAUGGGCUCCAAGGAGCAGGCUGUGCUCUUUGCCAACCAGAACUAUGAGGCACUGAAGCAACAGUGUGUGGAGUCGGGUUGCUUAUUUGAAGACCCCUGUUUCCCAGCUGAACUUCCAUCCCUGGGCUUCAAAGAACUUGGCCCUCAUUCCUCCAAAACUAGAGAUGUGGUGUGGAUGAGACCCACGGAGCUGACAAACAACCCUCAAUUCAUCGUGAGUGGUGCCACCAGAACAGACAUCUGUCAGGGAGCGCUGGGUGACUGCUGGCUCUUAGCAGCUAUCGCCUCUCUCACCUUGAAUGAGAGGCUUCUUCAUCGCGUUGUUCCACAUGGGCAGUCCUUCGAGGAUGACUAUGCUGGAAUCUUCCAUUUUCAGUUCUGGCAGUUUGGCGAAUGGGUAGACGUUGUGAUAGAUGACAGAUUGCCUGCCAAAGAUGGAGAGCUUAUGUUCGUCCAUUCUGCUGAAGGCAAUGAAUUCUGGAGUGCGCUCAUGGAGAAGGCUUAUGCCAAGCUGAAUGGCUCCUAUGAGGCUCUGUCUGGAGGAAGCACCACUGAAGGGUUUGAGGACUUCACAGGCGGUGUGUCUGAGAUGUACGAGCUCCGCAGAGCUCCCAGAGACCUGUACAGGAUCAUUAGCAAGGCUCUGGAAAGAGGCUCACUGCUGGGCUGCUCUAUUGAUGUAAGUGCUGAACACACUGCCACACCACCAAGAUCAAUGGUACACCAUCCUGAGAGGACCAUUUACAUUAAAAGCACUUCUGUUUAUUUCUGUGAUAAAGAAUUCAUACUCGUAUGUAGUAAUUAUGCUUAUGUAUCAAUACAGAUCACCAGUGCCUUUGACAUGGAGGCUGUUACAUUCAAGAAGCUUGUGAAGGGUCACGCCUACUCAGUCACUGGGUUGAAGGAGGUCGGUUUCCGUGGCAGGAUGGAACGCCUAAUCCGAGUACGUAACCCUUGGGGCCAGGUUGAGUGGACCGGUGCCUGGAGUGACAAUGCACCUGAAUGGGGUCAGAUUGACCCUUCUGAACGAGAAGACCUGCAUCUUAAGAUGGAAGACGGGGAGUUUUGGAUGUCCUUCAGUGAAUUCUUGAAGCAGUUUUCUCGGUUAGAGAUCUGUAACUUGACCCCUGACGCUCUGAGUGAGGACAGCCUCAGCCACUGGAACACCAUAAAGUUCUACGGCGCUUGGAGGAGAGGCAGCACAGCUGGAGGCUGCAGGAACCAUCCCAACACGUUUUGGAUCAACCCGCAGUAUAAAAUCACGCUGCUGGAGGAGGAUGAUGACCCAGACGAUAAUGAGGUGGCAUGCAGUUUUUUAGUGGCUCUCAUGCAGAAGGACCGCCGCAGAUUUCGGCGCCAAGGUCAGGACAUGCACACCAUUGGCUUCGCUCUUUAUGAGAUUCCAGAUGAGUACAGAGGCUGCCAGAAUGUCCAUUUGAAGAAAAAUUUCUUUUUGAGCCAUUCAUCGUGUGCUCGCUCUGAGACCUUCAUUAAUCUGCGUGAGGUGAGCACGCGGCUGCGUCUGCCCCCUGGAGAGUACCUCAUCGUCCCCUCCACCUUUGAACCCAGUCAAGAGGCUGACUUUGUCCUCAGAGUCUUCACAGAGAAACAAUCAGCAACAGAGGAACUGGAUGAUGAAAUCUCUGCCGAUUUAGGAGAUGAUGAGGAAAUAACUGAAGACGACAUUGAUGACUCCUUUAGGUCCAUGUUCACUCAGCUAGCAGGAGAGGACAUGGAGAUUUCUAUUCGCGAACUUAGGACCAUUCUAAACAGAGUUAUCACUCGGCACAAAGAUCUGAAGACUGAUGGUUUCAGUAUGGAAUCAUGUAGGACCAUGGUCAACUUGAUGGAUAAAGAUGGUAGUGCCCGUUUAGGGUUGGUGGAGUUUCAGAUUCUCUGGAAUAAGAUCCGCAAAUGGCUGGUCAUUUUUAGACAGUUUGACCUUGACAAGUCAGGGGCCAUGAGCUCAUAUGAGAUGCGCCUCGCUGUGGAGGCGGCAGGGUUUAAACUGAAUAACACACUGCAUCAGAUUUUAGUUGCUCGGUAUGCGGAGAACGAGAUGAUUGACUUUGAUAACUUCAUCUGCUGCAUAGUCAAGCUUGAAGCCAUGUUUAGGUCUUUCCAACAAUUGGACACGGAGGGAUCAGGCGUGGCUGAAAUGAAUCUCACACAGUGGCUUUACAUGACAAUGUGUGGGUAAAGUGGACCAUCUUCAUUGGAGUAUAGUGGUAUAGUGUCUGCAGAGUGCCAUGAACAUGGAGCCCUGAAGACCUCUCAGCCUUAGUGACCCUCUGAUUUACUAACACAUCCCACCUCAGUAUAAUGUAGGAAGAGUGUUACAGAAAAUUGAAGUCCAACCAGGCUUAGUGUCUCCUGACUGAAUUUUAGAAGCUAUGCAAUCCUACACUAUGACAGUCACUGUGCCACAUACAUUUGUAACCUCUGUAAAAGCAGCAUGGUUCUGUGCAUGACAAAUCACUUGCUGGAGUGCAUAUUGUGAUAGUUCAUUUUAUAUUUGUUUUGCUGUCACUAUGAAUAAGGAUAAGUCUGACUUCUUCCUACUCCAUUCAAGCAUGU